GCCGCAGCGCCAGCAGCAUGUGGAGCCCGACCGAGGAGGAGAAAUACGGCGUGGUGAUAUGCAGCUUCCGAGGAGCUGUGCCGCAAGGCUUGGUCCUGGAGCUGGGGGAGACUGUGCAGAUCCUGGAGAAAUGUGAAGGGUGGUACAGAGGUGUUUCCAUUAAGAAGCCCAAUGUGAAGGGGAUUUUUCCUGCAAACUAUAUUCACUUGAAAAAGGCAGUUGUCAGUAACAGAGGGCAAUAUGAAACAGUUGUGCCACUUGAAGAUUCUGUUGUGACUGAGGUCACAGCAACACUACAGGAAUGGGCUGUGCUCUGGAAACAGCUGUAUGUGAAACAUAAGGUAGAUCUGUUCUACAAACUGCGCCAUGUGAUGAAUGAACUCAUUGACCUGCGCAGACAGCUGCUGUCAGGUCACUUGACGCAGGAUCAGGUGCGAGAGGUGAAGAGGCACCUCACAGUGAGGCUGGACUGGGGCAAUGAACAUUUGGGCCUAGAUUUAGUUCCUCGAAAAGACUUCGAAGUUGUGGAUUCCGAUCAGAUCAGUGUGUCAGAUCUUUAUAAAAUGCAUUUGUCAAGUAGACACAGCGUCCAGCAAAGCACGUCACAGGUGGAUACAAUUCGCCAGCGUCACGGAGACGCUUGCCGUAUGCCAGUGCCUCAUCACUUCUUCCUCAGUCUGAAGAGUUUCACCUACAAUACAAUUGGAGAAGACACUGAUGUCUUUUUUUCUUUAUAUGAUGUUCGAGAAGGCAAGCAGAUCAGUGAGAGAUUUAUGGUGAGGUUAAAUAAGAACGGAGGCCCCAGGAAUCCAGAGAAGAUAGAUCGAAUGUGUGCGCUUUUCACAGAUCUCAGCAGCAAGGACAUGAAGAGAGAUUUGUACAUAGUUGCCCAUGUAAUUCGAAUAGGUCGCAUGUUGCUAAAUGACUCAAAAAAGGGGCCCCCACAUUUACACUAUCGCCGCCCCUAUGGCUGCGCAGUGUUGAGCAUCAUGGAUGUACUUCAGUCGAUCUCUGAAAUAAAAGAGGAGAAGGAUUUUGUUCUCAAAGUUUACACGUGUAACAAUGAAAAUGAAUGGUGUCAGAUCCAUGAAAACAUCAUUCGCAAGUCCAGCACCAAAUACACAGCACCCAGCUCCAACUAUGGACUUAUAAUAUCUCUUCAGCUUCUUCGUGGUGACAUGGAGCAGGUUCGGAGGGAAAACCCCAUGAUCUUUAACAGAGGUGUUUCUGUUACCAGAAAGCUGGGUUUCCCCGAUGUCAUAAUGCCAGAGAUGAAGAUAGUUGGGUGUGAUAUACGCAAUGACUUGUACCUGACACUGGAGAAGGGAGACUUUGAAAGAGGUGGGAAAAGCGUGCAGAAGAACAUUGAAGUGACCAUGUAUGUUCUGUACGCAGAUGGAGAAAUCUUGAAGGAUUGCAUCAGCCUGGGCUCAGGAGAGCCAAGCAGGAGUGCCUACCACUCUUUUGUCCUUUACCACAAUAACAGCCCUCGAUGGGGGGAAAUCAUCAAGCUGCCCAUCCCCAUUGACAGGUUUCGUGGGUCUCACCUCCGCUUUGAGUUCAGACAUUGCUCCACAAAAGACAAGGGAGAAAAGAAGCUCUUUGGGUUUGCAUUCACUCCAUUGAUGAGAGAUGAUGGCACUACCUUGUCGGAUGAUAUCCAUGAGCUUUAUGUUUAUAAGUGUGAUGAGAACAGCACGUUUAAUAACCACGCGCUCUACCUGGGGCUGCCCUGCUGCAAAGAGGACUACAACGGCUGCCCCAAUAUUCCUUCCAGUCUCAUUUUCCAGCGCAGCACCAAAGAGUCCUUUUCUGUCUCCACGCAGCUUUCUUCUACCAAACUGACCCAGAAUGUGGAUUUGCUUGCCCUCCUGAAAUGGAAAGCUUACCCCGAUCGUGUGAUGGAUAUUCUAGGAAGGCUGAGACAUGUCAGUGGCGAGGAAAUUGUUAAGUUCCUUCAAGACAUUCUGGACACACUGUUUGUAGUUUUGGAUGACAACACCGAGAAGUAUGGCUUGCUGGUCUUUCAGUCUUUGGUAUUCAUCAUAAAUCUGCUGCGUGACAGCAAGUAUUUUCAUUUUCGACCUGUGAUGGACACUUACAUUCAGAAGCACUUUGCAGGAGCACUGGCUUAUAAAGAACUGAUCCGAUGCUUGAAGUGGUACAUGGACCGUUCAGCUGAGCUCGUACGCCAAGAUCACAUCCAGGAGGCAAUGAGAGCCUUGGAAUAUCUUUUCAAGUUCAUUGUCCAAUCUCGGAUCCUUUACUCCAGAGCUACAUGCGGAAUGGAGGAGGAGCAGUUCCGCUCCAGCAUCCAAGAGCUUUUCCAGUCCAUCAGAUUUGUGCUCAGCUUGGACAGCAGGAGUUCUGAGACUCUCAUCUUCACACAGGCUGCUUUGCUGAACUCCUUCCCCGCUAUCUUUGAUGAGCUGUUGCAGAUGUUCACUGUGCAGGAAGUAGCAGAGUUUGUGAGGGGCACUCUGGGCAGCAUGCCCAGUACUGUACACAUCGGGCAGUCAAUGGACGUCGUUAAGCUGCAGUCCAUUGCGCGUACUGUCGACAGCCGCCUGUUCUCCUUCUCAGAGUCCCGACGCAUCCUGCUUCCUGUGGUUCUUCACCACAUUCACCUUCACCUACGACAGCAGAAGGAACUUCUCAUCUGCUCUGGGAUUCUGAGUAGUAUCUUCUCCAUAAUCAAGACCAGCUCUUUGGAGGGAGAUGUCGUGGAGGAGGUUGAGAUGAUGGUGGAAAGCCUCCUGGAUGUGCUUUUACAAACUCUGCUAACAAUCAUGAGUAAAUCGCAGUCUCAGGAGGCGGGAGAAUACGUGUCCUGUCUUUUAUCUUUGCUUCGUCAGAUGUCAGACACUCAUUUCCAGCACUUGCUGGACAACUUCCAAAGCAAGGAUGAACUAAAGGAGUUCCUCCUGAAGAUUUUCUGUGUAUUUCGGAACCUCAUGAAAAUGAGUGUCUUUCCUCGAGACUGGAUGGUGAUGAGGUUGCUCACCAGCAAUAUCAUAGUUACAACAGUUCAGUACCUGUCUUCUGCACUGCACAAGAAUUUCACAGAAACGGACUUUGACUUUAAAGUGUGGAACUCUUAUUUCAGCCUGGCGGUGCUGUUCAUAAACCAGCCAAGCCUCCAACUAGAAAAUGCCACACCAGCUAAGAGAAAGAAGAUAAUAGAUAAAUAUGGUGAUAUGAGAGUGAUGAUGGCAUAUGAGCUCUUCAGCAUGUGGCAGAACUUAGGGGAGCAUAAGAUUCACUUUAUUCCGGGAAUGAUUGGCCCCUUUCUUGGUGUGACACUUGUCCCACAGCCAGAAGUCCGGAAUAUCAUGAUUCCCAUCUUCCAUGACAUGAUGGACUGGGAGCAGAGAAAGAAUGGCAACUUCAAACAGGUGGAAGCUGAGUUGAUCGAUAAGCUGGACAGCCUGGUAUCCGAAGGAAAAGGUGAUGAGAACUACAGAGAACUCUUCAGCCUGCUUUUGCUGGAAAAGAUUGAGCAGGAGACGUGGCGAGAGACUGGAAUCUCUUUUGUUACAUCGGUAACUCGCCUCAUGGAGCGCCUGCUGGACUACAGGGACUGUAUGAAAGGCGAUGAAACAGAGAACAAGAAAAUCGGUUGCACUGUUAAUCUUAUGAAUUUCUAUAAAUCAGAAAUUAACAAGGAAGAGAUGUACAUCCGCUACAUCCACAAGCUGUGUGACAUGCACUUACAGGCUGAGAACUACACAGAGGCUGCAUUUACUUUGCUUUUGUACUGUGAGUUACUUCAGUGGGAGGACAGACCUCUGAGAGAGUUCCUGCAUUACCCAUCUCAGUCAGAGUGGCAACGUAAGGAAGGUCUGUGCCGUAAGAUUAUCCAUUACUUCAACAAAGGGAAGAGCUGGGAGUUUGGAAUCCCGCUGUGCAGAGAGCUGGCCAUGCAGUACGAAAGUCUCUACGACUACCAGAGCCUCAGCUGGAUUCGGAAAAUGGAAGCCACCUAUUAUGAUAAUAUCAUGGAACAGCAGCGCCUGGAACCGGAAUUCUUCAGAGUUGGUUUUUAUGGUCGAAAAUUCCCAUUCUUCCUGCGGAACAAAGAAUAUGUGUGUCGGGGCCACGACUAUGAGAGGCUGGAAGCCUUUCAGCAGAGGAUGCUGAGCGAGUUCCCACAAGCCAUUGCAAUGCAGCAUCCGAACCACCCAGACGACUCUAUAUUACAGUGCGAUGCCCAGUAUUUACAGAUCUAUGCCGUGACUCCCAUCCCCGACAGCAUCGAUGUGCUGCAGAUGGACCGCGUCCCUGACCGCAUAAAGAGCUUCUACCGAGUCAAUAACAUCCGGAAGUUCCGCUAUGACAGGCCUUUCCACAAGGGCCCCAAGGACAAGGACAACGAGUUUAAGAGCUUGUGGAUUGAACGCACCACUCUGACCUUGACUCACAGCUUACCUGGGAUCUCCCGUUGGUUUGAAGUGGAAAGAAGAGAACUGGUUGAAGUAAGUCCUUUGGAAAAUGCCAUUCAGGUGGUUGAGAACAAAAACCAGGAAUUGAGAACGCUGAUAAGCCAGUACCAGCAUAAACAAAUGCAUGGUAAUAUUAAUCUUCUCAGCAUGUGUCUGAAUGGAGUGAUUGAUGCAGCUGUGAAUGGGGGAAUUGCGAGAUACCAGGAGGCCUUUUUUGAUAAAGAUUAUAUCACAAAGCACCCUGGAGAUGCAGAGAAGAUCACACAGCUUAAGGAGCUCAUGCAGGAACAGGUGCAUGUCUUAGGAGUGGGGCUGGCAGUCCAUGAGAAAUUUGUCCAUCCAGAAAUGCGUCCUCUGCAUAAGAAACUGAUAGACCAGUUCCAGAUGAUGAGAUCUAGUUUGUACCACGAGUUGCCUGGUUUGGAUAAGCUGAGCCCAGCGUGUUCUGGCAGUAGUACACCUCGCAGCAAUAUUCUAGUUUCCCAUGGACCUAUGAGCCCAGAGAGCAUAAAGCUGCUUCAUCGACACAGCCCACUGAACUUACUUGGCUCAGUCCGACACUCAUCAUCCUCUUUGUCAUCCCACACCUCCAGCGAAACAGGGAACCUGGUUAUCCUAACAGACAGCUCAGUGGGGGAGGCUGCGGAGGAGAUGUACCACAUGCAGGCCAGCCCAUCCACCUCCAGCCUGAGCUCCACACACUCAGCGCCAUCCCAGAUGAUUAACUCUGCUCCUUCCAGUGCACGAGUGCUGGUGAAAGGUGGUGGAUUGACAACACUGGAGGCUGAAGCCCUCUAUUUACCCACAGAACAGAUACAGCAUGGGCGGCAGCCGUGCAAGCUUCCCCACACUGCCCCCACCAAUGUGCCUCAUCUCUGUCCUGGAGGGACCACCUCUAGAGGCUCUCCCUCUCUACCAGAUAAGUACCGCCACACAAGGGAGCUGAUGAUGUUGUUGCCAACCCACCGGGACCGGCCCAGCAGUGCCAUGUACCCCGCAGCUAUCAUGGAAAACGGACAGCCUCCAAAUUUUCAGCGCGCCUUGAUGCAGCAAAUGAUUGGACCGUGUAAACCUUGCAGUGAUCCCAACCUCUCCGUGGCUGACAAAGCUGUGCCAGCAGCGCCCAGUAGCUGGAGCCUAGACAGCGGAACCAGAGAGGCCCUGCCAUUCCUGUCUGUCCACGUUGGGAGCAUCUUGGCCCCACCAGUACCUCCCCGAAGCCUGCCCCAUGGACACUACUCGCUGCACUUUGAUGCCUUCCAUCACCAGCUCAAUGAUGCUCCUCCGGCACUGCCUGCACGAACAUUGCGCAAGUCCCCUCUUCAUCCCAUCCCUGCAUCACCCACCAGUCCACAGUCUGGUCUAGAUGGAAGCAACUCCACUUUAUCCGGCAGUGCAAGCAGUGGCGUCUCCUCCUUGAGCGAGAGUAAUUUUGGACAUUCCUCCGAACCACCUCCUCGCACUGACACCAUGGAUUCUGUCCCCAGCCAGGCCUGGAACACUGAUGAAGAUCUAGAGACACCCUACCUCCCUGUGAGGUACAGUCUCUCUGAGCCUGACGUCCUUGAGUCACUCAAAUCCCAGCCAUGCCGAAGCCACUCAGCUCCGUCAGGAGUCAUUCCUCAGGACACCCUGGACCCUCCUGCUCUACCCCCCAAACCUUACCACUCCCGGCUGCCAAACACAGAGAAUGAGGAAGGAAUGAUAAUUGAAGAUGACGACAAACACCGCCAGUUGCAUCGUAAAGUGUCCCAGCCUGUGAGUGGUGGAAAGGAAGAGCAGGCCAGGGUAGCAUGGGAGCACGGCAUCAGUGAGCAGUAGGAACAACUGCUGGUAAGCAGCUUGCGUUGUCAUUCCAGGUGUGACCAGAGCGCAGAGCUGAGGACUCGGAAAACAACAAGCUGACUUCUACUGCCACAAGCUUGGCUGGAGCCCGCAUACGCAACUGGGCCAGCAAGGGAAGUUGCUGCUUUCCUUUCAAGUUUCCUUUUACACCUUUCCGUUACGUUUUUUUAACUUUCUGUGCAGUGGAUGGUUAUUCCUUCUGCAGUUUCUUAACUGCACCGCAUGGCACACAAGCCAUAGAGACUUGCAGAAGCUGAAAAAUACAGUCUUAAGUGGAGGAGGAAGGAGGAAAGGUGGAAAGCUGAUUUUGAAACUGGUUUCCUCUCAGCUCUGGGACACACUUGAGUAGAAGCAGUUGCACUAGGGACACAUUUUAUUGCUGUACAGAAGUGAAAGCUCAUUGCUGAAAUCAGGGAUUUUAUGAACUGUCAGUCUGGAAGGUGCAUGAGGAGCAGGCAGUGGAAAGAUGGCAAUUCUAAGAAGAUAUUGGCUCUUUUGAGAGCAGGAUUGUACAUAUCUGUGCAGUGAUCUCCCUGCAUUGGUUCAUAGGUGCUGAGGCAAUUAACCAGUGCUGAUGCACUGAUUUCCAAGAUACCAUUUCCAACAAACUCUGCCUCCUUUGUUUUUUAUGUACUGUUUGAUUUCUUAAAAUUUGCUUUCACUGGCUAAACCAACCUGCUUUCUCAUUGGAGUCAUGCUGUUCAUCUGUGUUACAGGAUGAGGGGGAGGUUAGUAGCCACUGGAGCUGUGACUUGAUUGUAGGCCUUUCCCAUGCCCAGCUUUGGGCAGGCUGUCAACACCAGCAUUUCUAUUCCAGUUAAAAGAAAAUAAAAAGUUCUUCAUGCCACAGCUGGUUGAUGACUCACCAGUAAAGAAAAAGUGGCUAAAUGCAUGACAUCCACUAUUCCUUGCCUCAGGGCUGAACGUCACAAUUCUCACUAACUUCCAUCACCCAGGAGCUGAGAUCCAUUACCCAAAAACAUCAUUCCUCAGCCCCCCUCCAAAAGUCACUGCAGCUGGCGUGGAGGAUGUCCAUCUCUCACAGUAGGCAGAUGCAAGAAAUGCCCAGUGUAGUGUGUGCCCUAGAGUCAGAAAUCUUAAAGGCAGCCUGUAAAGAAGGAACAUUUAUUUCCUCUUUUGCUCUUUAGAAGGUAUGAAGAAGUUGUAAGAGCUCCUUCUCUCUUUUUGAAGGUUUUGGUUCUUUUCUCUUCAUGUGGCGAUACAGCCUUCCCCCCCUAGCUUUUUUUAUGGUCAGGCUCCAGAAAGGGAUGAAGAAUUCAGUGCAGGUGGGAGAUCUAGAAAAAAAGAAAAAAGAAAAAAAAAAUCAAACUAAAACAAGAAACAGAACUAUGCAGAAGUGGAGUCAGUACAUAUGUUGCGAAACAAGCCUUUUAAUCAGUAUUUGCUUAGUUGAGUUACAUUACAGGAAAAAGUUCUGUGGUAACAGAGGCAAGACCUGUGGUGUAAAAAGAACUAGAAGAAACCCUCUAUUCCUAUUUUCAUAUUUUUCAAGAAACUGGAUCAAAAAAAGCAAGUAUCUAGUGUUUUUAUAUAGAGAAGUAAUGCUCUUUCCUGCUGCCAUGCCAGCACACAUUUUGGCCUUUCCUUACAUUCAUUUCCACCUGCAGACUGCAAAGCACACUCCAGAAGAUGGUAAGUUACCAGUGAAAAACCUGAAGCACAUUCAAACAAGACUUACCUCCAGCAUGUAAAUUAGUGUCAGAAACAGGAGUAGCAUCAACGUGUCCCGUUCUUCCCCUAGCCACUCAGUUUCUCCUGCUACAAUCAGCAUAAAGAAGCAAAAAAGGAUACACAUCUUUUACAGGUCACCUUUAGCACUACCUCUAAAUACAGUGACUGGGCAGAGAAUGUUGCUUCUAAACUCUCCUAAAGAUGAGACCAUCUCAUCUGUACAAAGUCUGGGCUCGGUCAGCUGUCGUACGAAGGGGAUUUUCAGAGGAUGUCUUUCUUUUCUUUCUCAAGCCCGUACAAAAGUAAUAAAUUAUGGUUCUGUUUCUUAAAUGGUCCAUUUGGCUGGAACAAAGUCUCUUGUGCUUCCUCUAUUUUGUUACUAACAUAGGCUGCUUGUAAUCCCAGCAACCUUCCCAAUUAAGAAGAGAACAGUAUUAAAAUUCGGCUUAAGAUGGACAGGAGUAGAGUUUUCCAGUAGCGGAAUUAGCCCUAGCUGCUAAUGAACCAAGCUGGGUCUCUGGUAUAGCACACAGGUAUGAAAGCUCAAUUCAGAGUUAUGUUUUCAAUGAAGGUAAGUCAAGGUAAUUCCUUAGAAGUGAGUGAAAUAUUUUCAUGUUAUUCUCUAAUUUGAGGUUCUUAGAAAUUUUAAAGAGAAUUAAGUACUCAAUUCCAUCUCCCUAAUCACAUUUGGUUUGGGGUUUUUUGGUUUUUUUGCUUUUUUCUGUGGGAAAAUUUACUUCUGAAAGUAGUAAAUGUACUGAUAUACUGAAUUCCUUCAUUGUAAAAACAAAACAGAAAAACAGCAGAUCUUGCAAAUAAAACUGCAAAAGCAAGAAUGCAGACAACAUGGGCAGACUCCCUUUCUGCUGGAAGACCUCCCUGAGGUUUGCUCUCACAGUGCACCACCUUGCUCUGAUUAGAGGGGCUGUACAACAGCAGUCUGAUCAUUCUGAAUGUCUGUCAUUACUGUGUAUUCAUAAGGGGUUGAAGAUAAUCAAAUGGUGUACACAGAUACCCGAUUUAUGGCAGGUGCACACAGAGGAGGACAGAAUAAAUUCCUGAAUUUACUGAAUUUGAGCCUCUGUGGAGUUAACUUUCUGUUGUUCUGAUAUCUACUGCACAUUCUGUUGCCCUUUUCAGUGCUUAACUUAAAAGGUGCAGAAGGUAGACUGCCGUUAGGUUUUGUGAAUGCUGGAACAAGUACUUUGUGGAACUCAUAUUUCUCUGGAGGGUGGGGUGGCUUUCUGGCAUAGUGCAAUUCCGUCAGCAAACUCAGUCCUGGAGCAGGCAGAAGCAGCAGCAGUUGUUUCCCUGGUGCAACAGGAUUUGGAGAUUCUUUGUAUAGAGUGCAGUAACGGGAUGUUUUGAGCAGGACCCCUUUGUUCUGUGUGUCGAUGAUUCAGACGUAAUGCAUUCCUUGGGUUUCUUUGCGUAACAGAGUAGCACGUGCAUUCCUGAAACAGUUGGUGGAAUUCCGCAGCGCAUCUCUCCAUUGUGAGCGUACCUGCUGGCCCCAUCUGAAGCAAAACUGAGAAGAAACCACAGUAAUAGGAGAAAAGCAAUUAGAAUUGUCCGAAUCCCACACGUUUUUCCAACGGCUGGGUUGGUUUUAUUGCUGCGUGCAAAACUAUGAUUCUUAUCCAUCCUUUCCUUCAUUUACUUUUUAGCCUGCUUACCAUUUUUCAGGUAAGGGAUAUUCCAUAUCCCUGUUUUGGGAGAAUCAGCCAAAACUAGGGAGGCUGGAGAGGGCAAGAGCCUUUGGGGAACAAAUUAAGCGAUAUUUAGAAUUUCCUCUAUUCAUGCUUCUUGUAAAUACCCCCAUUUGAAUGCUGUGUAUUUGUACAGGAAAUUGAGCAAAAAAUGUAUAGAUUGUGAUGUCCAACUGGUAUUCUGCCCUGUAAAUGUGUUUUUAACCUCUGGCAUUCUGUGCUUAUUUAAAAGAGGCAAAAACCUCUACCACUUCUCUUUUGUGUAUUCAUGUUUAAAAUAAAAUCAGAACAGCUAUCUUAUCUAUAAUGGAAAUCAAAUUGAAAAGGAAAAAAAUAAUUUGUACAAGUGUCCUACAGGUACUUCAUUGUAUAUAUUGUGAUAGCAUGUUUCCAGAAUCAACAAAUAAGUGGUGUGAAUUUUAGAUGUAAAUAUCUGCUGUUUGUUUUGGAUCUCUUUCCCUUACCCAUUCACUCGACUGCUAUGAUGUGAAAUUAAAGAUUAAUACCUGAUAUUAAA